GUGGCCAUUUCCAUAAGUAUAUUUGUGAUUUGACUAAAAUAAUUAUUCUUCAAUCAAAGUGACUAUGAAAUUCCCAAUUAUAGCAUGAAUAUUUAGAAUUUCCCUAAAAAUAUGAUGAAAUAUUCUAAAAUUUAUUCCUCCACAUAAUCAGCAAUCACCAUCAGAAUCUACUCGUACGCCUCCCCGCACCCAAUAAUCAUCUGCUGCGGCGGCGUUUAAUCUUUCUCUUCUCUUCACAGUUCACACACACACACACAGUAAAACGCUGUCAGGUUUUAGAGAGAGAGAAUAGCUGGAAAAUGUCUGUGGCGCGGACGAUUUUCCUGCAGUGCUCAUCGAUUCCGCAUUUCCCGAAUUCAUCCUCUUCGCCCAACCCCGCGGCGGUCAAAUUCACCGUCUCCUGCUGCUCGCUCGCGUCGCCGGCGGCCGUGGUGAAUGGGAACGUCGAGAAGAAGUCUCACGACAGAAACGAAGUGCGCCUCGGCCUGCCGAGUAAAGGCCGGAUGGCUACCGACACUCUCGACCUUCUCAAGGAUUGUCAAUUGUCGGUGAGGCAGGUUAAUCCGCGGCAGUAUGUGGCAGAAAUUCCUCAGAUUUCAAAUUUAGAAGUUUGGUUUCAACGCCCCAAAGAUGUCGUGAGGAAAUUGGUAUCUGGAGAUUUGGACCUUGGAAUUGUAGGGUUGGACACUGUAAUGGAAUUUGGGCAGGGAAAUGAAGAUCUCAUUCUUGUCCAUGACUCUCUAGACUAUGGAGAUUGCCGUUUAUCUCUAGCAAUCCCCAAGUACGGCAUAUUUGAGAAUAUAAAUUCAUUGAAAGAGUUAGCUGAGAUGCCACAGUGGACACCUGAAAGACCUCUAAGAAUUGCCACUGGCUUCACAUAUUUGGGUCCUAAGUUCAUGAAAGAUAAUGGUCUCAGUCAUGUGACUUUCUCAACUGCUGAUGGAGCUUUGGAAGCAGCUCCUGCUAUGGGGAUAGCUGAUGCCAUUGUGGACCUUGUGAGUAGUGGAACCACAUUGAGAGAGAAUAAUCUGAAAGAAAUUCAAGGUGGAGUCAUCCUGGAAAGCCAGGCUGUACUUGUUGCUAGCAGAAAGUCAUUGAUCCAGCGAAAAGGUGUGCUAGACAUUACUCACGAAAUGCUGGAAAGAUUGGAAGCACAUUUAAAGGCUGUUGGUCAGUUCACGGUAACAGCCAACAUGCGUGGAAGCAGUGCAGAGGAAGUGGCUGAGCGAGUUUUAAGCCAACCAUCGUUAUCUGGGUUGGAGGGACCUACUGUUAGCCCAGUUUUCUGUAAGCGUGACGGGAAGGUAGCAGCAGAUUAUUUUGCAAUAGUUAUUUGCGUGCCGAAGAAAGCUCUUUACAAAUCUGUUCAGCAGCUGAGGAUGAUUGGAGGUAGUGGAGUUCUGAUUUCACCUCUGACGUACAUCUUCGAUGAAGAAACUCCGAGAUGGCGUCAGCUUCUUUCAGUCUUGGGGCUCUAGUUAAACAAUCUUUGCUCAAGUUGAAGCCCAGCCUUUGAGACAAUUGUUUCCUACGGAUUCCAUCAUUUGUUUUUUGUUUUUUUAACGUUUAUUCAUGUAGAAUAAGUUAAUCAUCUCUUGUUGUAUCAAAAACUGUUGCUUGGUCAUUGUAUUAUUAUUAUCGUGUUUUCAAACUCUACAGGUGCAGUGCUUCAUAUAAUGAUGAAGCAUUUCCAUCUUCUCUCUUUUCUGUUUCGUGUGUAAGGAUGAAUACGUUGAGGAUACAAUACAUGCCAAAAAUGGCCUUUUUUGAUA